AUGUCUCUUCCCUGGAAACGUCUAAUUCGCUUCGAGGCUGUCGAUGGCCGUAUUCUGCGCGGAGAGCCUGUGUUGCCCGAAAACGAGAUCGAUCUUGGAUUCGUCACUGAGACUGAUCAGCUUAAAGCUAAGAUCCUUGUCGGAAGUGAUAUCUACGAUGUAACUGGCGAGACCAAAUUGACAGAGGAAACAGUGUUGGUCAAGAAUAUCCUCUCGCCAUUGGCCCAGAGCGAUGUGCCUAUCUUGCGAUGUGUUGGUCUGAACUAUGCUAAGCACAGUACGUACAGACCAUCCAUCCCUCUAAUGCUUCCUCCCUCUCAGGAUCAUCCUGACAUUGGAAAACCUUUCCCAGUCAAGGAAGCAGGACGCAAGCCUCCCCCGUUCCCCUUCAUCUUCUUCAAGCCCACCACCACUAUCCAUGACCACGGUAGAGCUGUUGUCAUCCCCAAGAUCGCGCAAAAUGACCAGGCCGACUAUGAAGGAGAGCUGUGUAUCAUAAUUGGAAAGGACGCCAAGAACGUCCCAGUGGAAGAAGCCCUGAACUAUGUCGCCGCUUAUACUGCUGGAAAUGACGUUUCCUCCAGAAAGCUUCAGAGAGACCCUGCCUUUGCCGGAGUGGUUCCUCAGUGGGGUUUCUCCAAAGGCUUUGAUACUUUCGCCCCUCUCGGCCCAGUAUUGGUUGCUGCUUCCGAGAUCGCAGACCCAAGCCUGCUACAGUUGAAGACCAUUAUUAAUGGUGAAGUGCGCCAAGAAGAGGGCGUCUCGGAUCUAUUAUUUGACUGCAAGUAUUUGAUUUCGUACUUAUCUCAGGGUACUACUCUCCAGAAGGGUAGCGUCAUCAUGACUGGAACUCCCGGCGGUGUUGGUGCCGGCUUGAAGCCUCCUAAGUAUUUGGUUCCUGGAACCCAGAUGGAUGUCUUCAUUUCACAGAUUGGCACCUUGCGGAAUAACGUUGUAUUCGCUUGA